GCCAUCAGCAUGUUCAAAAAUAAACGCACCGAUUCAACAAAUUGCCUGCCCAUAACUUGCAAUUAUGCCAAACGCACCAUAGUUGAUAGUCAUUAAAGAUAGGUAUGGAGAGUGGAAUGGUAUCAGUUGAUCGUUGGAUUGGUGGAAGCCAAGUUUACUUUCUAACUCACCUUCACGCAGACCAUGUACGUGGACUCACUCCUAAAUGGACACGUGGACCCCUUUACUGCUCACGCAUCACUGCUAAGCUUUUUCCCAUCAAAUUCCCUGGAUUUAACCUUUCUCUAAUUCGUAUUGUUGAAAUUGGUCACUGGCACUCUGUUUCUCUACUUUCUUCUUCAUCUGGUUCUUCUACAACUCUCUAUUUCAUGGCCAUUGAUGCUCAUCAUUGCCCUGGAGCAGUAAUGUAUCUGUUUCGUGGUGAAUUUGGCUGCACACUGUAUACUGGGGAUUUUCGUUGGGAGAGCACAAGUGAGAGAGCACAAACUGGAAAGACCAUGCUGCUUAAAGCUAUGGAGGAUGUAAAGCUUGACAUGCUUUACUUGGAUAAUACUUUCUGUAACCCUACAUACUGUUUUCCUUCACGUGAAGUUGCUGCAAAACAGGUUUUAAGCAUCAUAUCCUCUCAUCCUAAUCAUGAUAUUAUCAUUGCUGUUGAUACACUGGGGAAAGAAAAUCUUCUGCUGUACAUAUCACGUGUCCUGAAAACAAAGAUUUGGGUGUGGCCAGAACGCUUACAAAUUAUGCAUCUUCUUGGGUUCCAUGACAUCUUUACGACAAAAACUUCAGUGACAAGGAUUCGUGCUGUUCCUCGUUAUAGUUUUAACAUUGAGACUCUGGAGGGACUGAAUACAAUGCGUCCGACCAUAGGGAUCAUGCCAUCUGGUCUCCCUUGGGCGCCAAAAGCUUUCAGAGGAAAGGGAAAACUUUCCUUGGAAUCUCCUCCUUUGCUCCUUCAUAACAGGUGGCACACAAAUAUUACCACACCAAAUGGAGAUCCGUUAACUGCAGGGAGAUGUGAUCAGUACAUAUAUACAGUUCCAUAUUCUGAUCACUCAUGCUUUCCGGAGUUACAAAAAUUUGUUGAGUUUCUGAAGCCAAUUAAUAUCAAAGGCAUUGUAUCUUCAACUGCUUCUUAUGUUGACCCCCUUUACCACUUUGGAAGCCUUUGUCGAAUCCAACAAGCAUCAGAGCUCUUAUGCCAGAGGCUCAAAAGUAAAAGAUACGAAAAAAUUGGAGUCACUGACACGAAGUCUCCCUUUGGAUGCACCAGUACAAUGCAAUUAGGGAGGAAAAGGAGAAAAAUUUCUGGUGCAGGUAUUCAUGUUAGUAGGGUGAGGUUGUUGAGAAGAGAGAGAAAAGGAGUAAAGAUUGUUGACACAGAUCCUGAUUAACCUACUAGAUGGCUUUAACUAGCUAUUUUCAAAUGCACAGGUUCUGAAGUCAUUCCAUUGUGUGUAAUGAAGUUGAACUUGCUUCCACUGAGUCAGUAGGAGCAGAAAAGGGAGCUUAGUUUAGAUCGUAACUUGUAUGUCUCUAGAUCAUCUAUUAAAAUUGAAGAGGUGACGAGUUCAGUUCCUUGGUCUCCACAUGGCUCAUAUUACUUUGUGUAGAGUUUUUCUCAAAGAUUGUGGACACGUGAAUAUCUUAAUAUUUUAAA